AUGUCGACUACAUCAAGCUCCGGAGAAACCUCGGAUAGCCCAGCAUCCUGUGGCUCAACUGGCGUCACUACACCCGAGGGCUUCAAGGCCGAGACCAACAGCCUUGGCCAAGCAUCUACAAGAUGGCGUCCAUCCUUUCACCUGUUACCUCGAUCAGGAUGGAUGAAUGAUCCAUGCGCACCUGGGUAUGAUUCCACGACUGGACUGUACUAUGUCUCCUUUCAGUGGAACCCCAAUGGCCCUGACUGGGGUGAUAUUUCUUGGGGAACUGCGACUUCCCACGACCUGAUUUCGUGGAAAAUCGAAGAUCAACCUGUUCUCUUGCCAGAUGAGAAUUAUGACUCCAAGGGUGUCUUUACUGGGUGUUUCCUCAAGGCACAAGACGGAACUCUCAACUACAUCUAUACCUCAGUCAGCGCCCUGCCAAUCCACUACACUAUCCCUCAUCAAAGAGGCAGUGAGACACUGAGCAUCGCAACAUCCUCAGAUCAGGGCAAAAACUGGUACAAAAGGGACAAUAACCCUAUCCUACCUGGUGAACCUUCCGGUCUAGAUGUCACUGGUUGGAGAGAUCCGUUCUGCGCACCCUGGCCCAAUAUGAGCAAGACCUUGGGGCUGGACCCAAACGAGUCGCUGUUCGGUAUCAUUUCGGGAGGAAUCAGGGAUAUCACUCCCACCAGCUUUCUUUACCAGAUUGAUCCAAAGAACUUGAGUGACUGGCAGUACCUCGGCCCCCUCGCAAACUUUGGUCUGAAUCUCAGACCAUCAAGGUGGUCUGGUGAUCUAGGCAAGAACUGGGAGGUCACAAACUUCUUGUCGUUGAAUGAUGAGAAUGAUAUCAACUCCAACUUUGACUUUCUCAUUAUGGGUACUGAAGGGUGCCUCGAGGAUGGUCUCGAAGAAUCCGUGAACAGUGCAGGCCCAUCUCGCACAUGUCGUGGUCAGCUUUGGAUGUCCGGAACCCUCCAGAAAAAUGAAUCUACUGGCUCUGCUAGCAUUUCAUAUGACUUUGGAGGGCACCUUGACCAUGGCUGCUUAUAUGCUGCCAACUCCUUCUUUGACCCGCGAAGCCAGAAACACAUUGUCUGGGGUUGGAUCGCAGAAGAGGACUUGUGCGAUGAUCUCCGCCAUCAGCAAGGAUGGAGCGGAAUGUUGUCAAUGCCUCGACAGCUUCACUUGCAGACUCUGCACAAUGUAGUCGGCUCAUUAGUCUCGGAUUUGUCCUCUAUCACGUCCGUCAAGGCUGAAUCCGAGGGUGAUGGAGCUUCCACCAUCCGAACUCUUGCCUGUGAACCUUAUAAUCCUUUGAUUCAACAUCUCAGAAGCUCUCCAAACGCGCAGCUCUCACGUCUGGGAAGGUCAUCUCUUAGCCCUAGUGGUAUCGAGGUGGGAAUCUCGCGAGAACCCCAGUUGAGUAAUCAUUGGGAACUUGAAUGCUCAUUCAAUAUCUCGAAAACUUGCUCCAAGGUCGGGGUAUCAAUCGGCCAUUCACGAUGUCACGAGAGCGCAACUGUCAUGACCUUCGAGCCGCAGAACGAAACUUUCAAAAUUUCCCGGCCAUCAUUUUCCAGGCCCGAUUCAUCUCUGUUGAUCCAAAGCUCGCCCGAAGUAGCACCUCACACCUUGUUCACGAUGAUCGACCAAAACAGUGGAGAGGAGUUUACGGAGACUUUGGACAUUCGGGCUUGGAGGGAUAACUCCGUUCUCGAAGUAUUUGUCAACGGUCGCACCGUCAUUUCCACCCGUCUCUACGCGGCCGAAGAAACAUUCAGUAUUCGAUUCUUCGCAGAGGAUAAAGCUUCGAGCGCUAGGGCUGUAUGGACUAGUCACAAAGGUUCGACGGAGUUGCAGUUUGCGAAUUUGUGGGAUGGAAUUGCGAUCUAG